AUGAGUCCAAUAUCAGAUACACCAACAAUAAUUUCUUUUAUCAUCGCAGUAUGCCUUUUUGGUUUCUAUUUCUGCUUUUACAGCUUUUAUAGAAACGGAGUCAAAGCAGCUCUUUCAUUCCUAUCGACAUUAUGUAUUGUUGUGUUUGUUAUCUAUACUUUAUUACUCUUUUUUAUUAUACCUUAUGUUUCUGACAACGAAGUAGAAAAAUUAAGAGACAAAAUCUUUUAUUUCCCAACAUAUAAUAAAGAUACAAAAAGAUUUGAAUGUAAUAGUAGUUUAGACUAUUCAGAAAUUCAAUCUGAAUUUAGUCAUACUACCAUAGUUGAUCAAAUCUCAGGGUUUGGUACUAUUGCAAUAUUACUUUUUAACGUUGCUGUUUAUGGUGUAACUUCUCGAUUAAGUUUUAGAAAUACUUGCAUUGUUGAUGAUUUAGUUGAUUUAGUUUAUUUCUUCAUUCUUUCAACAGUUAUAACUCGUUCGAUUUCAUCAUUUUUUUCUCAUGAUAAAGAUAUCAAAGUAAUAGAAAUUUUGAAACAUGGGUUUAGAUUUGAGAAAGCAGACAAUGGAGGAAUAUCUUUUUACAGAGAUCCAUAUAAAUUUGUUUUUCUAGCAGUUCUUUCCGAAGAACACACAUCUAGAUUAUUAGGUCAGCAAAGGCUUUAUCUAAAUGUUGAUUUAGAAGAUGAUAAGAGUAGUUUUAUUAAAAAUUUUCAAAAGUCCUAUCUGAAGUUUUAUUUGGUAUUUUAUCUGAAAAAGCAUUAUUUUACAAAGUCAAAGAAACUAUUUGAUCAAUAUCCUAAUGAAGAUGUGGAUAAAAAAAUUUAUAAAUACAUCCAAAGUAUAAAAGGUGGCACGAAAAAGAUUGAUAAAGACAUUAUAAACAUCCCAGGCCUAAGAAGAGGUUUCUUUGCUAAGAAACUUAUUAAAUAUGCAAUUAUUUAUAUGAAUAUUCUUGAGACUGGAAUAUUUCAAUAUUUUACUUAUUCACAUCGAACAAAUGAAGAAAAAACAGAAGAUGGCAGUAAAGACAGCAAAAAAAGUAAGAAAAUAGAUGUUGAUAUUAAAGACAGCAUAACAAUUGAAAAAAAAGAAGACAGUAAAGACCACAAAACAAAUAAAAAUAGCGACGAAAGCAAAAAAAAUCUAGUAAUGUAUUGGCUUGUAAUUCCUGAUAUUUACGAAUUCGAUAAUGAUGUUUUUUAUAAUUGUAAAAAAAAGAAAGAAAGCAUUGAUAUUGAACAAGGAUCUAUAAUUGAUGACAUUGAUGAUAAAGAUAAGAUAUUAAAAAUAUUAUUGAUGAUAUUAGAAAAAUUAUUGAUGAUAUUAGAAAUAGUUUUAAGAAUG